GUGAGCCUGUCGUUCUCUGCUCGCCCGUACUACAGUCUGCAUGAGAUGAUUGAAUUUACCGCUGAGGUCCCACUGCCUGGGACCGUGUACACCUGGGACUUUGGAGACAGAGGGGAGCAGUACACCACCAGCCGCACCAGAGCUCAGCAUCUGUAUGCGCUCCCUGGCAUGUACGUGGUGACAGUCAAGGCACAGACUGGGCAGAGGAGUCUGCUGUAUCGAGUGGGUGUCAGCGUGAUCCUGCCCGUGGCAUCGGUGGGCCUGGAGUGCCCCACUGCUGUGGGGACCGGAGAGAGAGCUGACAUCUGGAUCCAUGUCCCGCGGGGCACCGACCUCUCUGUCUUCUGGAGAGUGAUGAUACCAAGUGGACAAGAGAUCAUGGAUGAAUCCUCUUGCCCCCGAGGUGGCCGGAUCCAUCUGCCAAGCCUGAAUUGCUACUGGCUCAGCCAAGACAAGGAGACCUGGCAGGAUGCCCGACAGCUCUGCCAAGCAAUGCCAGGAGGAGACUUGGCCAUUGUAAGCUCUCAAGAGGUGCAGAGCUUCCUGCAGGAGACUUUCCCCAGUGCUGGUGCAGCUUGGAUUGGGUUGGGUGACCUCAGCUCAUUGGGUUCCUUGCGCUGGGUCGAUGGGAGCCCUGUGAACUCUUUCCAGAACUGGGCACCCUCAGGCAGGCCUGAGGGGAAGGAGAACUGUAUCCAGAUGCACCUCUUCAGCUCCAAAGGGCUUUGGAAGAGCAGCCGGUGCUCUGCAACGUCCUUGUUCCUCUGUGAGAUGAGGACUGGAGCCAUCCUUCCCAACCCAGACCUGUUCCUGACAGGAGUGCCGGCGUUCAGCAGAGCCUAUGAGGUCAAGAACAUCAGCAUUGAGCAGCUGCCUCCUCUUAUAGGAGCCAACCACAUUGAGUUGAUGCUCUUCCCUGGCCUCUGGUUCAGCCAGGCAGGCGCCCUUGUCUCCGUGGAUUUGGGGGUACAAUCAACAAAGAAACCUGUUCUCAUCCGGUUCCAGAUCUUCCGCCCAUAUUGCAACCCCAACCAGCACUUGGUCCCUCCUGGCUGUCAGCUGCUUCACAGUCCAUUCACCUGCUGUCACCCCAGGCCACUCGGCAACACCACAGGUGGGUGCCCGGGUGGGCAGCAGUGGUGCCCAUUGAGAGAAGGCUGUCUGAACAUCUCCAGCCCUUGUAGCUCUUAUGCCUUUGAGAAUGUGACCUCCGCUAUCCUGCCCUUCCCGAGCCCUCCACGUUACAUGGCGACCCCUCCAUCCUACUUGCCAGUGGCUGACCUCUCCAUGGUCCUCCCUCCCAGCAGCAAAAGCAGCCACCUCCAUGUCCUCCUGCCUAGAGAGGAGACUCAUGUCAACCCCAAUGACAUUAUUGGGAUCCAGCACAAUGCAGAGGCAGGCUUGUUCCUCCAGUGUCUGCACCACUCCAGCUCCCCCUGGCGCCAGAGCUACAUCAGCCUUGUGAAGGAUGGCUGGUGGGAAGAAGACAUCAGUGGCUUUACCAACCCUACAUGGGUGGACAGUGUCCUCUGUGACAUCCGAGUCACCUUUGCAUAUAGGACACGAAGCCUUGCCACCAGCCCUCUUCUUGGUGGACAUUCAGAGCCCGGCACAUACACCUACAUGGCAACAGUGCAGAACGUGGUCAGUAGCAGGCAGGUGGACUGCACAGUGAAGGUGCAGACCAGGGUCAGUGGGCUUCAGAUUAUCCACCCAACACCAGUCAACGGGAAGCUCCACGUGGCCACAAAACAUGGAAUGCUGAUGGUUGUCAAGAUCCUCUCUGGCUGUAAUGCCGUGGCCAACUGGAUGGCACCUGUGAAUAAGGCUGGGAUGCCUUUUGAGCCCACUUGCCCUGCCAGCAUUGUGCCACGUGUACCCGCCUGCCGCAAAGACACUGCAGACACCUGGUUCUCCUCUGCUGUGCUUCUCAUGGAGGAGCCAAGAAUGGAGACCCUCAAUGUGCUGGUGUCCAACAAGGUCAGCUCCCAGAAGCUAUCAGUAAAGAUUCAGUCUUAUGACACCAUCAAAGGGCUCCGAGUGAUGCCUCCUGGUCCUCUUAGGAUGUUAGUAGAUGUGUCCCAGGUAUUCUCUGCAGAGCUCAGCCAGGGCUCCUCCAUCUCCUACACCUGGGUCAUUGACAACAUGAGCAUGUUUGCCUACAAUGGACAGACCUACAGUGUCAGGUUCAAAAAGCCGGCCACCUACCGGCUGAAGCUGCAAGCUGAGAACCCUGUGAGUUCAGAGACUGUGGAAAUAGCACUGAGAGCUGAGCCUAUGAAUCCACUGGCCAACCCUGAGUUUCUGGGGAUCCCGAUGGUGGUGCCAGUCAACGUUCUCCAAACUUUGAUAUUCAGGGUGGAAGUGGACAGUGCUGUGGAAGUCACUGUGAGGUGGGGCUUUGGGGAUGGCAGCCCAGUGGUGGAGAACCUGCUGUCACCCCCAUACAGUGCUCAGCUGCCUCGCCCAGAUCCGCAGGUAGAACGGGUGCAAGUGCUGGACAGAGUAGCUCACACUUACACUCAGCCAGGUGACUACCUGGUGACCACAGAGGCUGUCAACAAAUUUGAUCGAGUUCAGCAGGUGGCUAAAGUCCGGGCUGUCAUCCCCAUAACCAAAGUGGCAAUUUUGGUGACUCCCACUUACCCACUAGUGAAUGAGGUUGUCUGCUUUGAGGCACAACCCUACCCUUCCCCCUAUGGCAUCAUAUACUCCUGGGAUUUCAGUGAUGGAUCAACCACACAGGAAGGAGCAAAUUCAUUGGUGAGCCACAGCUUUGGGAAGAGUGGCGUGUAUAAUGUAAUCCUCCGAGCCAACAACAGCUUGGGUGAGGUACAGUCUGGCAUGGCUGUUAUGGUCAGCGAUGGUGUCAUGGGUCUCCAUUUGGCCUCCAGUGGACCAACUGAGCUUGGUUUAGCCACAGUUAUUAAUGUCACAUUGGACUCUGGCACAGAUGUCUGGUGGUCUUUUAAUAUGGGGGAUGGAUCCAUCUACAGCAACCUGUCGCUGGGCGUCAUCUCUCACACCUUUCCCAUGGAAGGCAACUACACAGUGAUGGUGACAGCUCACAAUGCAGCCUCUUCUGCCCAUGUCUCCGCUGUGGCUGAGAUUUACAGGCUCCAGAUAACGAACAUCCUGGCACCUAGCUGCCUUCCCAGUGGGGAGAUAACCCAGUUCCAGGCAGUGGUGACAGGGCCAGGGACAGGGGUACAAUUUUGCUGGGAUUUCCAAGAUAGCAGCACCCCUUUGGUCCAACAUGGUGACCCCACAGUCCUUCACAGCUACCCAGCACCUGGGACCUACCAGCUGAACCUGACCGUAUUGGGCAUGGCAAGCACUGCCUCUCGCCAGCUGUCCAUCUGUGUAGAAGAUCGAAUCCACUCAGUGAAGCUGACAGCGCCGACGCUGGCCAUAGCUUUAGGGGAGCCCCUAUCCUUCCAGGCUGAAGUGAUUCCAGCACCAGACCUCCAGCACCAGUAUCAGUACCACUGGGAUUUUGGCAUUGGUGAAGAGCCAGUGCCCUCAAGAUCUCCAGAAAUCACAUUCACCUACUUGGAGAGCGGAUCAUACCAGGUGACGGUCACUGUGUGGAACAAGGUGAGCCAGCAGAAUGCCUCGGUGGAUAUCGUGGCUCAGAGGGUGGUUGGCACCAUCACUAUUCACCACGGUGGUGAAACGGGGAACUUUCUGGCAUUGGGCACCUCCUACCUCUUCACAGCGGAGGUCCCCAUAGACAUUGUCGCCACCUUCAUGUGGGACUUUGGGGACCGUUCUCCCCCACAGGUGGGUCAGAGCACCUCCCACACAUAUCUCACAGCUGGAGACAUCACCGUCACCUUGACUGGGGAGAACCAGGUCAGCCGUAGGAACGCGUCGCUUGCCCUGGCAGUGUUGACCCCAGUGAGGUUGCCGGCCAUAAGCCCUCAACAGCCAGUUGGUGAAGCUGGACAAGAGGUCACCUUUGAAGUUUCUCUGGCUGCAGGGGACCAUGUUCACUACUUCUGGGCUGUAGGUGAGCCAUAUGACUUUGAGGAGGGGGCUGCCACAUUCUCACACAUCUUCCCUACCACUGGCAUCUUCCUGGUUUUUGUCACUGCUGAGAACUCAGUGAGUGCAGAAAAGGCAAAUGUCACUAUUGAGAUUCAGGAGCGAGCCCAGGGUGUUCAGAUCCACAGCAAGAAUGUGGUGCAGGGAAGGUACGUUGCGGCUGCUGAGCCCUUUAGGGUAACGGCUGAGGUUACCCAGGGCUCCAACAUCACCUUCUGGUGGACCAUUUCUCAAGGGCUGCACCAAAUGUUGACUGCAAGAGGGCAGUCGCUCAUGUUCUGUUAUAACAAAAGCGGGGAACUUCUGGUGGAGCUGAGAGCUGGGAAUGCGCUGGGAGAAGUGUCCACCAGCCUUCCCCUCGAGGUGGUGGAGAGAAUCUAUGGUGUGAGGGUCCACACAGCCACUGACAGCGUGGCUGUGGGGAAGCCAGUGAACUUGACCAUCUUGGUGACCUCUGGCACUGGCUUGCUUUACUCCUGGCAUGUACAGGAUCAUGCACAGCCUCUGCUUACCAACUUCUCAUCUCUAUCCUACACCUUCUCCACUCUGGGCUCCAAACUGGUGUUCGUCACAGUCUCCAAUAUCUUAGGAUCUAGCAAUGGCUCCACAGAGCUGAGAGUCCAGGAGCCUGUUUCCAGGGUGACUUUCACUGUGGAGGGAACUACUCUCCCGUUUUUCUUGAAAUCAGACACAUCUACACAGCUCUGGGGCUCAGUGGCCACAGGCUCCGAUAUCACGUGGGAAUGGCAGCUGCACAGCAAGGAGGAGAAGCAGAUCUUCCAUGGACAGAAUAUCUCCUGUAGGUUCAAGGUAGCUGGGGUCUACCAAGUAGCCCUUCGAGCCUGGAAUGACAUCAGUGAGGAAGCAGCCUGGUAUCCUGUGUCCGUCCAAGACCCUGUGGCUGGGCUGACCAUGGAAGUGGACAGGGAUGGCGUGUGCACUGAUGACAGGGUAUUCUUUAGGCUGCACACCCUGAAAGGCACAAAUGUGACCUUUGCCCUUGACUUCCCCACUCUGGGGUUCAGCCUGGAUGUCCCUGGAGGGGUCCAUCGCUCUUCUUUCCCAGUGGCCGGUUAUCAUCCAGUGCUGGCAUCUGCCUUCAACAACGUCAGCCUGCAGACAGCAUCCAUUGUGGUACAUGCAGUGGAGAAGGUGAGGGGGCUUCGUCUCCUGGAUUGCUGCCCAGCUGUCCUGGAAGCCAGCAAGGAGCUGGUGCUCACCGCUGUGGUGCGAGCUGGGGAGAACAUCGCCUUCUUCUGGACCUUCUCUUUGCCUGGAUACCCGGACUAUAAAGCAGCAGGUCAGCAGGUGGGGUACAUGCCACCCAGAGAGGGCAACCUCACCAUCCGAGUAGAGGCCAGCAACCCAUUCUGUGCAGCCUCUCUGAGGGUGACUGUGCCCCUGCAAAUGCCCAUAGAGGCAGCCACCUUGUCCACCAAUGGCACACAGGCUUUCGUCAAUCAAACAGUGAUGUUCAGUGUGUUGGCUGUGGGUGGCAGUGAUCUCCGCUUGAAGUGGGAUUUUGGAGACUUGCAGGAGACCUUUGAUGGAGAGAGGGACUGGAGGGCAUUUCACCAGUUCGGCCAGCCUGGUGACUUCUUGGUGGAGGUGAAGGUCUACAAUGACGUCAGCUCUGUCCUGGCACAAGUGACAGUUACCGUGCAGGAGCUAGUGUGUGAUAGCCCUGUGCUGAGGCUUAUGGAGCCACCUGCCACCAUCCCCAAAUCUCGCCCCAGUUACUUUGAAGCCAGCGUGGACCUGAAAGGGUGCACGGCCUACAGUGCUCAGUAUCGGUGGGAGGUGUUCCGCAGCCCUGGCUGUCAGCACCUGAAUGAGGCCAGCCUGGUCCCAUUGCAUCACGUGGAUGUUCUCACCCCAUCCCUCAUCCUCCCCAAGCUCUCCUUGGACAUCGGCCCUCACUGCCUGCGCUUCACCGCCUCCUUGCAGCACACCCCUCUGGCCCAGGUGCUUUCCCUGGACAUCACCGUGAUCCCCAGCAAGCUAGUUCCAGUCAUCCGAGGUGGGUCAUGGAGGAGCUGGUCAGCCCAACUGGAUCUGGUUCUGGAUGGCAGCAGCUCGUAUGAUCCUGAUGUGGGGAUGGAUGGAGACACCUCUCUUCAGUAUCAUUGGACCUGUGAACUUCAGAAUGCAUCCUCAGCACCGUGUGCCUCUCCUCCACUGCAGGCUGGUGCCAACAUCACAGUACCCCAUGCCAUGCUAUGUAAAGCCACCACUUAUUUCUUCACUCUCACCAUCUGGAAGCCUGGGAAGGAGCCAGCCUCUGUGGCACAGAUGGUCUGGAUUGAACCUGGCCAGAUCCUACCCGUGAGCAUAGACUGCCGUUCCUGUAGUGCCCUGGCAAGCUACGAAGUCAGCAGGAGCAUCCAUGUCACACUGUUUGGACAGUGUGAGAGCUGUGACAACAGGACCAUGUACAAGUGGACAGCUCAGAGUUCAGAUGGGCAACCCCUGACCUUGGACAAUGUGACCACUUCCACGGGGGAUUCGAACCGGGACCUGGUGAUCAGACAAGGGGUCUUGCGGGAUGGGGUGAAUUACACGUUCACAGUGUCAGCCUUCCAGCCCAGCAGCGAGCUGCCGGGGAGAUCCAGCAUCACUCUAACCCCCAAUCACCCUCCCCGAGGUGGGCUCUGCAUGCUGAGACCGGAGCACGACCUCUAUCUCCUGGAGACACCUGUCUCUUACCACUGCACAGGCUGGGUGGAUGAAGACAGCAGCCCGGUGCAGCUGAUUUACACCCUCAUCGCUGAAACAUGUUCUCCUGAUGGGAAGCGCUGCUGGCAGUUUUGUCUCUACCGAGGGGUCAAGUCAUCCUUCAGUGCCUUCCUGCCUGCCAGUGCCAAUGGCAGUCGGUCCGUGGUCAACGUCUUGGUUGAGCUGGAGGACUCACAAGGAGCAAAGACUUUGGCCUUGAAUCGAACCCUGACUCUGAGGAUGCCGCACCUCCCGUCGGGAUCCCUCACCAUCACCAGCUGGCUUAAGAACAAGAGCCAGACAGAACUGUGGGGCAUGGUCCAGCAGGGAAACCCCCAGGAGGUGAUUCCAUACUCCCUGGCCCUCAUCACUGUGCUGAAUCAGAACUCGGGGAGCCAGGGGGACGAGGAGGAGCUGAGGGACCGGAUCUCCAUCCGCAGCAAUGUCACCAUGGCAGUGGCAUCCCUGAAUAUCUCCAAUGUGAAGGACGUGGCCCAGCUGAGUGCUGCACUGCAGCAGUGUGUGGUAGUCCCAGAAGAGCUCAGUCCCGAGAGCUGGGCCAGGACACUGGCAGCAGCCCACAGAAUGAUCAAUGUUAUCAGUGCGGAGACAGAGGAGGGUCAUGAGACGCCCACCUCUGCAGGUCACUGUAUCCUGGGGAUCCUGGGGAGCUUGUUAUCUGCAUUGGAUGGAGCCCCUCACCCACAUCUCUCUGGGGCCUCUGGCCUCAGCGUGGCCUUGUCUGCCUUCAACCUCACCCGCGCCCUGAUGAAGUCCCUGAUGAGGUCCCGGGUCCUGAAUGAGGAGACCCUUUUGCUGUCUGUCUCAGAGAUCCAUGUGCAGGGCAAGAGGGCCAACUCUCCCAACCUGCUGUGCCUUGCCCCUGCAGAGCAGUGCCUCUUCUCCCUGCCUGGUGCGGUGGCUGGGCAGCUGGCAGGAAGCCAGGAGGUGGUGCAGGUCCUCAUGGACAUCUCCAUCAACCCCUUCCCAUUCAACUACUAUGCCAACUCCUCCAUCUCCACCCAUCUGGCGCUCCUAGAGUUCACCACCCCAGGAGGGGCACCCAUCCCAGUCUACAACUUGUCUGGGGAGGCAGCCAUUGGGCUGAGGCUACCAAUGGAGCAGCAGGAGCUGCAGAGCUCCCCUCCAACACUGAUCCUCAUCCCUCCUGGGGAAUCGGUGAAUCUCACGGUGAAGGCCACGGCAGGAAGAAGUGCCGCAGGGGUGCACCUCCACAUGACUGUCACGGUGCAGGAAGGUUUUGAUCCCAGCCAGGAGAGAGAGCCCUCAGUCCAUCUGUAUGGACACCACAUGCCUUUCCCCAAUGAGUGGCACUAUGCCUGGAAGGAAGAAAUGAUCUUUCCUGGUGACUUGGAAGCAGACAGCAGCAGGGAAGUCACCAUCCUGCUUUCAUCUCCCUACAGCUUCAACAGGACCCCCUGGGACUACCAUGUCAACAUCACCAACCUCUUCUCCCGGGCACCUGUUACUGCCACCAUCACUGUCUUUGCCAGCCUCUGCCAGUACUUCCACUUCCCCAGCAUGCAGUGGAGCACAGAAGGCGUGACUCCAACAGCUGCUACCAGCCAGAAAGAGAUUGUGUGUCUGACCGAACAUCUCACCGUCUUUGGAGCGAGUCUCUUUGUGCCGCCGCACAGCAUCAUCUUCCUGCCCCCGAGUGAGCGCUCCAGACAGACACCGCUGGUGGUGAUCACCUGUUGUGUGCUCCUCUCCAUCUACCUGGUGAUGGUGCUGAUUGCCCACAAGCUGGAUGACAUUGACAUCACCCGGGUGGGGAUCAUCCCUCGCUGUGGCCAGCCCGGGAGGUACAAGUACUGGGUAAUGGUGAAGACUGGCUGGAAAAGAGGAUCAGGUACAACUGCACAUAUCGGGAUUAGCUUAUACGGACUGAAUAAAAGUGGUUCUCGCCACCUGGACAAAGGCUGGGCCUUCCAGAGAAACAGCAAUGAUAUUUUCCAGGUGGAGACGAAUGCAAACUUGGGGGAGAUCUGGAAGAUCCGUAUCUGGCACGAUAACACUGGGUUGGACCCCUCCUGGUACCUGCAACAUGUCAUUGUGUGGGACAGACAGACAGACAACAUGUAUUUCUUCCUGGUGGAUGACUGGUUGUCGGUGGAAAAUGAGAAGAACGAAGGGAUGGUUGAAAAGGUGGUCUUGGCUGCAUGCCCCCAGGAGCUGAGAAGCUUCUCUCGGGUGUUCCUCGCCCAGCUGCGCCUCGGCUUUUCUGACUGGCAUGUGUGGCUCUCAGUCUGGGCCCGCCCUCCCUGCAGCCGCUUCACCCGGGUGCAGAGGAUCACCUGCUGCCUGCUCGUGGCGUACCUCUUCCUGGCUGCCUGUAUGCUCUGGUACAGUGCCAUUGGAGUGGAAGGCUCCAGCAUCCCCCUUGGGAGCCAGACCUCCAUGACGGCAGAGAGCAUAGUUGUGGGGAUGGUGGUGGCUGUGAUGGUCUUUCCAGUCCAGAUGCUCUUCGCCUUCAUCUUCAGGAAAACCCACAGCCAGGUGGUUGUGGAGGACCCUGACCCUCCUGCACAGGACACUCAGACCGUGGAGAUGGAUGUGUGCCUUGAUCGCUCUGAUCUGGGCAGCUCUUCUUUCCUGUCCAUACCAGGAGGGAUGGAGUCCAUCAUGGACAUGAGCUCCAUCAGUUGUGGGUCCCUUGUGAGUACAAGACCAGCUUCCACCCGGGAGAACCUCACCAAGCUGGGCAAUGAAAGGGUUGUGAAGCACUGGCCCUCAUGCGACAGUAUCUUAGAUGUCCCUGAUCUUCUGCAUUCAGACCCCCUGGUGACUCAAAGUCAUAUCCUCAAGAGGAAGAAGGCCCUGCUGAAGCUGGGCAUUGAAUCUAUGUCUGCAUCAGAUGAUGAUCCCCUGUCCUUCUCCCUAGGGGACUCUGAGGGCAGCAGGAGAUCCAGCCACGGCUGCCACCUCACCCUCUCUGAGGAAGACUUGCUCAACUCCAUCAUUGCAGAGACUCGGAAGAGUAAUUCCUCAGACCGCAUCACAUCCGACAGCGGCAGGUUCUCCCCACAAGCUGAGGUGGAGCUCAUCUCCAGCACCUCUUGCAGUGGCUGGUCUGAUGGGAUCCCAGAGCUGGGGAGGAGCAGCUGGGGCCUCCUGCACAAGUCCUUCUCCUACAUCUCCACCAUGAUGAGCAUCAGCAGCUUUCCUCUCCCACACCCAGAGCCUCCAUCUGCCUCAGCAUCCUCCUUUUCCACCCGGAUCGGGGUGUCCCGACGCCCCCCAGAGUGGCUGUUUCCUGGCUGGAUGCUGCCCGUGGCGUAUGCCUUCAUCUUCACGCUUGUAGCAGGCUGCUUCACCAUCAUCAUCCUCUACGGUUCCUCCCUCCAGGAUCCUGCUGCCCUUAUGUGGCUCAUCUCCUCUGUCUUCUCUUUCAUCACCUCCUUUGUGGUGCUGGAGCCCCUGAAGGUGGUGCUGGAGGCCCUGCGAGCUGCUCUCAUCACCAAGCCAGUGGAGAGUGAAGCAGAGGGGCUGGUGGAGGAGCCACUGGUGAAGCCAGUGCCUGAGCGCAUUGGGAAGGUGCGAGUGCCCUGUGGGUAUGGGCUGCUCCAGGCCAAGGAGGAGGCGAGAAAAGUGCGGGCACUGCAAGCACUGAUGAGGAGCUGCCUCACCCACAUGCUCUUCCUCCUGGUUGUUCUGAUCAUUAAUUACCAGCGCAGUUUCCAGGACAGCAACAUCCGCCUCCUGCACACUGCUGUCAAACAAGCCAUCACUGCCACCAAUGAAAGGGGCCUGAACUUUACCUCCAUGCACAGUCCCACUGACACGUGGGAGUGGAUAGACUCCGUGGUGCUGAACUACCUGUACAGCAACCCCCGACUGAUCCUGGUGGGGGCACCUCGUCUCCGGCAGGAGAGCCCCAUCAUGAAUGUACCUCUGGAUCUGCGCGGGAGUCCUGGGAUCCCCCAGCCUGGGCUUGGACUUCUCUGUACACACAAUGUCACCAGCAACAGAACCUGUCCCCUCUGGCACCUAUCGGCACUCAGACCAGAGGCUUCCCUGGGUAGCCAAGUGGACAGUGGCACGAGCUUCAAUCCCUGCGUUCAGAAUGUGUCCCAUGACUCCGUAGGGUUUUGGAUCUGGGGACAUGUGGGACUUUACCACAGCAAUGCCGGUUGCUGGAGGGAGCUUGGAAACAGUUCUGCCAAAGCCCAGAGGACUCUGGGUGACCUGCAAGCUAGCAAUUGGAUCCAUGAAAGGAGCAGAGCUGUGUUUCUGGAGUUCACUCAGUACAACGCUGAUGUUAACCUGUAUGUGGCAGUGGUGCUUCUGGUUGAGUUCCCAUCAGUCAGACCAGCUGUUUCUUCAGCCAUCAUCCUCCCCUUCCAAAUGCUGAGCUUAGGCACCGGUCUGGACCUGCCACUUGCCAUGGUGAUCUCCCUGCUUCUCUUCAGUGUGGCCUUCCUGCUGUCAGAGCUGUCUCUCCUCUCUCGGGAGGGAGCCUCCUUGCUGUGGCAGAGCCGCUGCGGCCUCCAGCUGCUCCUGGCACUGCUGUCCCUUACGGUUGGCGCCUUGCACUUUGCUCGCAUCUGGCUGGCGGAGGUGCGGCUCCAGCAUUACUGGGACCACCGCCAGGCCUUCACCAGCUUCUAUGAAGUGGCAGUGCUGGCCCAGAUGGAAGUCAACCUAUCUGCCCUGCUGCUGACCAUUGCUAUGCUGAAGAUCGUGCGGCAGCUGCGCUUCGUCCGGAGAUGGUCGGCCUUUGGAAAGACAUUCCAGCAUGCCCAGAGGGAGCUCCUGGCAGCCACGCUCCUCUUCCUCCUGCUCCUCCUCAUCUAUGCUCAGUGUGGAUACCUGGCCUUCUCUGCCACAGUAGAGGAGUUCAGGACAUUGCCAUGUGCCUUCCAUGCUCUGCUGUCGGCCCUCCACGGGAACAUGGCUUUCCAGUCCCUGAUCCAGGACUUCCCCAUCCUCGGAGCUGUCUACAUUCUCAGCUACGUGGUCAGCUUGCUCUGUUUCAGCAGCCGCUUCCUGUGUGCUAUCAUCCUUCACAGUUACCGCAGCGUCCGAGCUGAAAUGUACCGCCCCGCCAUCGAGCCACAGGACUAUGAGAUGAUUGAGUUCUUUGUGAAGAGGUUCAAGCUCUGGAUGGGACUCAGCAAAACCAAAGAGUUCCGUCACAAAGUGAAAUUUGAAGGGAUGGAUUCCCUGCUCUCCCAUUCCUCUGGGAACUCCAAACACUCCCGACUCCCCUCGGCUGGCACGGUCAUUCGCUGUGCCAGCUCUACCGUCUCUUCCGGCUCCCUCAGUUCGGAGGAGCUGGCCCUUCCCGAGAGCCCUGCCCCUGAGCCCUACAAGGUGGAGUUUUAUCUGGAGCGCCUUCCCUCUGCCCUGAACAACCUGCUGGACCAGUUUGACCGGGUCAUUAGGGUAACGGAGGAUGUGUGCCACCUGGAGAGUGGUCUGGAACAGGCUCAGAAGAGAAUUGCUGAGAAGAAGGGACAAACGGAGAAGGUGUCACUGGCCCCAGGUAAGCAGCUAGAGCUACCAAGUGCUUGCAGCACCUUCUCAGAGUCUGCCCUAGCCAGACUGAGGGUUCACAGGAGCAAGAUCUCCACCUGCAAUGCCAAUGACUGGCACAAGCCGCAUUUGCAGCCUCCAGCAGAGGCCAUGCCUUGCCAAGGGGCUGGGCCCAAGUCCUGGCUGGGGAAUGCUCCAGUAUCAACUGAUCCCAGUCAAAGGUCUCUUCAUGCACCAGGCCCUUUGUUCAAAUGGCAGCCCAAGAGUGAGGAAGGGCAGGCGUGUCUGUACCAUGACAUUCCCCUUAGGCAGAUCCCUCUGAAGAGAAGAGCAUGGCAGACAGAAGGCCCAGGGGAUACCUAAUAAGACAGAUAUGGGCUCCCACUUCCUAUCUCCUCUGCCCCAGACUUGGAAGUUGAAGUCUUCUGUUUACAAAAUGUAUUUCACAAAUCCUUAGCAUAGCCCAGUCCUUCAGCCCUAUGGUGCCAUUGUUCCCAACCUCUCUGUGCCUUUUCCUUUAGUCUUGUGAUGCUGUUGGCCAGGGCAGAGCUGAACCCCUGUACAGUUGUUACACAGGCUACCUCACUGGUAGCGACUAAUCCAGGCAGUGCUGGCCUUCUGCAGCAGUUGUGGACUAAAUGGACGCAUUUCCACCACUUUCACCACCGCUGAUUCCCCUCCACCUGCAGUCACAGAAACAGACUCCUUGAAAGGCCACUGAAGCUAUGUCCCAUCAAGGAAGUCCUCCCCAUGGUGUUGCUGAUCAGUAUUAGAGUUGCUGGAUCUCCACGACUAGCAUUUGUCCUUGGGUUCCUCAGCACUCUUAGGCAUUUUUCUUUCAACACAUUCAUAUUGCAGCCUUGAAGAAAUCUGGGGUGGGACAAAGUGAUGAAAGAUGGUUCAUGGUAUGAAGCAACAUAGGAAAAUGUGUUGAUCUGCAUUACUAACAGCAGCUAGCUAGUUUUUUAUCUAAACUUAAGUAGUGUGUAAUUAACUAACAGACUUGAUUAUAUAGGAAAGAAAUUACUGGGCACCGACACCAACUGUCCCCUACAACUGUGCUUUGCGUGUGGAACAUCCCACAUUGAUUUCAAAGCCCUUCUCCCUUUAUGACCCGUGUCCAUUUGUUCUGUGUUCUCCCCACCCUCUCUCUGGGUCUACUUUGGUUUCUGGACCAGGCAAUGAGGCAUGGCCACUGCAGAGUGCGUACACCACAGCUCAUUCGAAGACUGAGCUGAGCCAAGGUGCUGUUUUGUUGUCACAGUUCAUAUACUGUAGGAAACACAAGCGUCUGCCAUCUCCUGGUGGUAAAUACCA